UUCAUUCUUGUGCUGGAAUUUUUUCAGUCGGAAUUCGCCGGAAAGUAAACAAGUUCUUUUUUUUUAACCUCUGUUAUUGACAAACUUUUACAUUUUUGCCACAUAAAUUGGCCCAACUUUGGUUUUUCUGAAGUAAUCUCGGUUCCCUCGCGCUCUCUUCCGCGUGUGGACUGUGUUUACUGGAGUGAGCGCGCGCCUCUGACGAGAAGCGGACAUGGACUCUCCCAGCGUGCGUUUCCAACUACUGACUUCACCCGAAUGAGGAACACUCCUCAAUGUGACGUGAGCUCAGCGCCUGUCUGUCGAUCUCGAGGAAAACGGACUGCGUUUUUGAUCAGAAGUUCGUUUUUUUUCUGUCCAAAAACAUGAAUCCGAUUUGGAAACAGUUUUUCUACUUCCAUGGAUCCACACUUGUGGCACAGAGGAAAGGGAACGGUCUAAAGUCGUGUUCUGCGCCAAUGCUGUUCUUUUUCCUGCUUCUCACAGGAGGAUUUAGUCUCACUUUCGGUGAAGGAGACAAUGACGGGGAGUUUAACUUUGACUGCACCAACGACUAUGAACAGAUGUUUUGUCAUUUCAAUCAAGAAAAUGACUGUAACCACAACCUGACUUUGGUCCUGAUUAACUCCAUCGUGUCCUCUGAUAGUAGUUGCACCUUCAAGCAGUGUGACCAUAAUCAGUGUUGCUGUUCUGUGAAGAUGACUUUUAUAUGUGGAGAGAUUCAUAAUGCAACUGUAUGGAGAGGGAGUGAAAGAGUUGCAUCCAAAAACAUCAGUGUUGUGGACAGCUUUGUACCCAAAACUCCUAAAAUUGUCAAUGUGACCGUAAACCAUGGACAUGUUGGUGUCAAGUGGAAGACAAACUUGGAAGGAGUGAGAGAUGAGUUGACUGCCGUGGUGACCUACUACAAAAAAGAAGACCCAGAGAAGGAGGUCAGCAUAUCCUUAAAACCAUCGACUGUUGAUAAACACCAGUACUUCCAAAUAAGUGAAGCAGAUUUGUCACCAGGAGCAACGUAUGUGGUCAGCGUUCGAAGUGUAUGGGAAUUGAACAACAGGUCCAGUGACAGCAGCGCCGGAUGGGAAUUCAAGACCUCCUCUUCCCCUUUUGCAAAGCUUGUUGUCAUCAUAGUCAUCUUUAGUGCUCUUGCAAUCUUCAUGAGCGCUAGUGCCUGUAUCAUUUUUUCAAAGUUUAAAACCAAGUGGUGGGACAAAUAUCCCGAACUCAAACUUCCCGGAUUUCCUCUGAUCAAGGAAAGGAUUUUGGUGCCUUCGGAUCCCAUAAGUCUGCCAGUAUCUGUGGAGCCCCUCAGUUUGGAUGACGGCAAACAGUUGCCAAAACUGCAGUUUCCAGGCAGUGAAGAAAGUGACGAGAGCAGCCAAGACAGCAGUGGAAUCAGUGACUGCUCCUCACAGCCAAGUUAUGCGGAAACUGUUCAGCGUGAUAUUAAAGCUAUACGACAUGAGGCCUUGGAACAACUCUUUGCCAAUUUUGGAACUGUAGACUUAUUGAUUGAUCCCAUUACUAUUCCUAAGAGGGAUGUUAGUAGAGUCUCUGGUUCCGACUGUCCAUGUGUUGUAAAUGUAAAUGAUAGUUCUGGAUCAUCUGGUGUAAUCAAUCCUACCUAUUUUCCCGGUGGUACUGGAAGUCCUGAUCAGUUCAUGCCAGUCCACCCUCGAGUCCUAGAGUGUGACUCUUCAUAUCAUACUUCAAAGUCUGAUACUAUGACCAAUACCGGUCCGUCUUGCCUUUUUCCUGGCCAACAAGAUAUCAUAUCACCUAUAUCAAUAGAUAUGUCAUAUCAGUGCACUACUGGUUCACAAAAAAUGCUAAUCAUUGAGGAUUACAGCCCAUUGUCCCCCUCUAGUGGGACUUGCACAACACCGUCUUAUGACCCUGAAUCUAGAGACAAUGCUGAGCCAGAAAGCCCAGAGGUGCCUGAGGGCACAGCAACACUGGCUAGCAAUCUGGAAAUUCUGCGCAACUUCCUGAAGGGGGGAAAUUUCUUCCAGCCUGUCCAGAGGCAAGCGGAGGAGUCAAAUUCAGAGACAUUGAAGAGCUUGAACCCCCAAACGGCUGGUUCUGGAUUCUUCGUUCCAGAUUUGAUUAGUAAGAAUCAACCCGAGCUCCAAAUGCCUUUCCUUUGGUCGCCUCCACAGUCUGGAAACACGCCAGUACGAAUUUUCACAGAGAGUGGCUAUAAACAAUUGUAGCCUUUAACUUUGUUCUUCAGUGUAAGUCCAGAUAAAGUAAAGUUUCCAGUCCACAAAAGAUCACGCAUUAUUUCUGUAUUGCUCCAGAAAAGUUACUAAUGUUCUGUAUUUGUUGUUUCAACGCUGUACAUGCUAAAGAUAUGUUGCUGGAAAUGGUUUCAAUGUAGAUAUUUUAUGGUUGCUGUUAUGUAAAUACCUAAAAAUAUGUUUUAUCUGUGAGCUUUUUAAACUGGUGAAGCUGGAGACAAAAUAGUCCUGUGCCUCCUUCCCACUGUUUCCUAAAGCAUUAACAGAAGGAGGUAUGAGUUUGUCUUUAGAACCUUUUGGGGAAAGCAGCACAACUAGAAUCAUGGAGUUCUGUGUCAGACUAGAGCAACACAGACAGACGUGCUGCUCUUGUGAAAUUACUUCCUCAUUGCUUUUUUCACUGGAGCUGUUUACACAUUUCCAAAGAAUUAUGCGUCAACCUCAACCGCCAUUUUUUCCCUAUCAUAACAAAGAUGGUUAGAAACUGAGAUAGUACAUGUAAAUGACUGAAUGUUGCAAUAAAGCUUGUCACUUAUAAAAAAAAAAGAAAGAAAAAGGCUUUGAAUAAAGGUGAAAAUUUUCUUGA